UUUGGGUGUAGUCGGGCGAUUUUCUGCAACACAAAUGUGAGUACGGCUGACUACGGAAUUACGAGUGCUGUUUGUCAGUGCAUCGCGAAGCUAAUAUGACCGGGUCUAUAUCGGAGAAUCAUUUAACUUCUUUGGUACUGAGAAUUUGAAAUAGCAGAGUAUAUCUAUAUGAAACCAAAGCAAAAUCUGUGAUGAACAUAAGAUCUUAUACUCUGUGUGCUAUAAAUAUAUUCAGUAUUUUAUAGUUUGAAGAACAAAUAUAAUUGCAAAAAAAAAAAAUACUAUGUAUCAGUUCUCUUGAUGAAUAAUAUGACAUUAAAUGAUCACACGAAAUUAAUGAACAAAUCAAAGUGAAAAUAAAUCUAUAGGAUAACACUUAAAAAGAAUUUUAUAAAGUGAAACUCUUUUAUAAGUGCUUACGUGCAAUGCCGAGAUGUUGCAAUGAAAAUAAAUCAGUGAGUUCGGUUGGCACAGUCAGAAACAAAAAUACAGAGAAUAUUUUAUUAACACAGAGUAAUUCCUCAAUUGGAAGUCCAUUGGAGUUAGACGAAGCACCAAUUGUUGAAAAAUCACACAGAAGAGUAAGGUGUGAUGUAAGUCCAGUUCCAAAUACCAGUACUAAUUUAAAUAUAAAAUUUUAAACAUUAAGGGAGGAUAGAAACACUCGCCAGGAUCAACCAAGCACUGGAUCUGGUGGGUACAAAGAACGGAAAAAAGAAGUUAAAAAGAGAGCAGCUAUAGGCAAUACAGUGCGUGGACUCCUCUCAUCUGGCCACAGCAGGCAGGACAGUAUAAUGAUGUAUGAGACAAAUAGGCAACGUUCUUCAGGUGGCAGUAGCCUGUCAAGUUUAUGUCCGAAGCUGGUGGCCAGUGGAGGUAGUAAUAACCAGGGUGGGAUCAGUUUGGCAGUGGGCCACUUAGCCUCUCAAGAAAGUGGAGGCCCUUGUUCGGUUGUAACUACUCAAAGGAUUCAUAAUCACACACAUAAUCACAAACGUCAAAGGAAAUUGUCCGUUGUUUCGCAGCCUGGUACUAGUGCUCAUAGUUGUGGAGAUCGAAAGACAUCAAAUAUAAAUCGUUCUUCUACAACUAUCUGCAAGAAACAAGCGAGGGUACAAAAAACUGAUCACAAUAUAGAUACAUUAUCUAUAACUAGUAACGGAGUUGCGAAUAAUUCACCUUCUUCUAAAAAGAAAGUCUUAUCUGCAUUGCGUAUUUCUGAAAAAUCCUCUUCUCGGAAUCCUAAUUCGCCAUCUAUAGAGCAUGAAAAUGACCGAAGCUUCAGCGAUGCAGAAGAAGAUACAGCAACAGAAAAUGUUUUUAACGCGCCAGGAUCAAAUUCAACACCAUCGACACCAAUUGGUCGAUUGAAAUCAAAAAAAUCUGACGAUGAUGAGACAAGCGUGGAAUGCAAUAUUAGCGAAGAAGGUGCUGAAUCGACACCGGCUGUAUCAGAUAAAAAAUUAGAUUGUAAUGAACAAAAAGAAUUUUCUAAAAUUUCGAACGUUACAAAAAAAGUAUCAGCGAAUAGUAUCGAAGAAGAGAUAAUUAGUCAAACGAAACAAAAAGUAUCCUCUAAUUCUUCCAUAAGUACAAAAUGCAACAAUAGUGAAAGCAGAAACUCAAGAUCUAAAAGCAAGUAUGUUACAGAAAAGAUUUGAACAAAAUUUAAAGGAUACAAAUAUGGAGAAAUGCGCGAUUCAAGUACGUCCACAGAUACGUCCACUUCAGCAGCUUCUAGCAAAAGUAGCAGAAAAACAAAACGGAAAAUAUCCAACGAAGAGUUUAAGUCAACGGAAGUUACUGAAAAUGAUAAUUUAAUUAAAGAUGUGACUGAUGAUAAAAAGGAGGAUAUGGGACAAAGCGAGGAAUGUGUGAAAAGUUCAAGAUUUGUCACUUCGAAAGUAUCGGAAGAGAUAAUAGACACCGAGGGUAAAGAUAUGGAUACUCAAAGGGAGGUGGAAGAAGAAAUGACGAUAUACGACGAAGAUGACAAUGGCACCAGUAUCAGUGAUAUUGUUGCUGCACAAGCACUUCACGAAUCUCUGAGUAAAUUAGGAAAAGUACCACCGAUAGAAACAGAAAUGGAGGAUGUUAAAGAUACAAACGCGGAGGAAGAAAAAAUGGUUAAGGAUCAGAAAGAAGUGGUUGCGCAAGAAGAAGCGGUCGGGUUUAUCGGUCCUUUGCUUGAUGAAAAUUUCAAAGCGGAUGAGAAAUUAACACAGAAAACGAUGGCUAUGGAAGAAGUUCAAAAUUUAUUGAUGAAAGUUAAAGUCCAGAAUAUCGAAGAUGACGAUGACGAAGAGAAGGCUAUCGGUAUAUCACCGGACGGUAGAUUCCUAAAAUUUGAAGAAGAAAUUGGUAGAGGCAGCUUUAAGACUGUAUAUAGAGGUUUAGAUACUCAAACAGGUGUAGCUGUUGCUUGGUGUGAGUUACAGGUUAAAAAAAUUAACAAAACAGAAAGAUUACGGUUUCGAGAAGAAGCGGAAAUGUUGAAAGGCUUACAGCAUCCAAAUAUUGUUAGAUUUUACGAUUAUUAAGUUACACUUACGCGUAGAAAAUACAUUGUGCUAGUCACUGAACUUAUGACUUCAGGAACAUUGAAAACGUACCUAAGGCGCUUUAAAAAAAUUAAUCCAAAAGUAGUAAAAUCUUGGUGCAGACAAAUUUUGAAAGGCCUUAGUUUCCUCCAUUCAAGAUCACCGCCAAUCAUUCACCGUGAUCUGAAAUGUGACAAUAUUUUUAUUACUGGUACAACUGGCAGUGUGAAAAUUGGCGACUUAGGUCUGGCAACUCUUAAAAAUCGAAGUUUCGCGAAAAGUGUUAUCGGAACACCAGAAUUUAUGGCACCUGAAAUGUAUGAAGAACACUAUGACGAAUCUGUUGACGUUUAUGCAUUUGGAAUGUGUAUGCUUGAGAUGGCUACUAGCGAAUAUCCAUACUCGGAAUGUACCGGUCCAGCGCAAAUAUAUAAACGCGUAGUAUCGGGUGUAAAACCACAAAGUUAUGACAAAGUGGAAAAUCCAGAAGUACGUGAGAUUAUAGAGAUGUGUAUUCGUUUAAAGAAAGAAGAACGACCUUUAGUUAAAGAUUUGUUAAACCAUGAAUUUUUUGCCGAUGAUGUUGGAUUAAAAUUAGAAAUGGUCUCGCGAGAUUCAGCGGUCGCUGAUGCGGAAUUAUCUCGUGUUGAAUUUAGACUGAGAGUGUUAGAUCCGAAGAAACGUACGAAUAAACAUAAAGAGAACGAGGCGAUACAAUUUGACUUUGACAUUCAAACUGACAACGCGGAAGAGGUAGCUUCGGAGAUGGCUAAAUCUAGCCUGAUACUUGAAGAAGAUGUAAAGGCUGUAGCAAAAAUGUUGAAAUCACAAAUUACUACCUUGUUACGCGAAAGAGAAGAACGUAAAGCCAAAGAAGAAAAGGAACGUUUAGACAGAGAAGCGGACACAACUAAUGCAGCCAAUGAAAAUUUAUUGCAGCAACAAUUACUGCUUCAACAGAUGCAGCUGCAACAACAACAGCAACAGCAGAUGCAACAACAACAGCAGCAGAUGCAACCAAAUAUGGGCAUUCAAAUUCAAGGCCAAGUACAAAUGCAGUUACAACAAAACCAAAUACCUCUUCAGCAGCAACAGCAGCAGCAAAUACAAUCUGCUGCGCAACAAUCUCAACAGCAUAAUUUACAACCACAACAAGUUCAGUUAGUUCAACAACAACCGUUGAUGCAACAGCAAACAUCCGUUGUUCAACCUCAGCAAGCGCAGCAAAUGCAGCAGGUACCGCAAGUGUCCCAACAGCAAGUUCAGUAUCAGCAACAACAAUAUCAACAGCAGCUCCAGCAACAAUAUCAACAACAACAACCGCAGCAGCAGCAAUUUACCCAGCACGUAUCACAGAAUUUAACUGCUACAUCUUCCCAGUGUUCUACUCCUCAGACUGUUCAGACUCAACCACAGUUUCCUCAAGUAACUCAACAAAUGCAGCAACAGUUACAUCAACAGCAGCAAUACAUACAAUUGAAUCAGAUGAACGUGCCACAACAAAUGAGUCAUCAAAUGCAACAACAAAUGCAACCUCAGAUACAUUUAUCUCAGCAACAACACCUACAUCAACAAAUGCAACAGCCUCAGCAAGUGCAAUAUUCUCAACCACAAAUGCAGCAUGUACAGCAAGUACAUCAGCAUUCGGUAGGCUCCUCAUCAGUUCAGAAUCAACAAUAUUAUCAGCAAAGUACCACAGGAACUCCAGGAUACAGUACACAACCCAUGUAUCAGCAGAAUAUAUCUCAACAGAUAUAUCAUUCGUACACCAGUUCUAACUCUUCUGGCCACGUGGAAAUUUUAUCGUCUAGUCAACCCACAACUCAAAUGUAUUCUCACGCGACUGCACCUGGCACAUCGCAGACUUAUAUACAGCAACAAACGGGACAGGUCCCAGUUUCCAUGCCAUCCAGCAUAAAUAUUCAGAGUACAUCAUCGGCAACUCAUAUACAGAAUGCAAUAUCUUCCACAAUUCCAAAUGUGCAAAAUGUACAAAAUGUACAAAAUGUGCAAAAUGUAUCUACGCUUCUUUCAAAUGGGCAACCUCAACAAAACGUUUUAGUUCAAAUGCAAUAUUCACAAAGUUCAAACGUGUCCACUUCUGUACCUAUAUCCUCUGGAAUGAACGUUUCCGCAUCACAGCAUCAACAACACUUUAUUUCAAAUACGGAACAGAGUUCCACUACAGAGAGGUCAUCUUUGUCUAAGCAAGACACAAUGGAUUCUAUACAAUCUUUGCCAACCGAUGUACCUCCUAAUAUUCAAGAUCAAGGAAAUGUAUCCAAUCUGACUAAUGCGAAUGUUACAUCACAAGCACCAGCAUCGAGUGAAGGAGUAACUCAAGAAAGUGCAGAGAACGCAGCUGCAUCUGAAAGAUCUAGAGUGAAAAGAUCUGGUACAAAACGCAAGAAACCUGGCAUUAAGCUAACAGUUUUAUCUGUAAGCAGUAAUGAAGGACAAUCGAUGACUGUCGAGUGUCAGUUAGAUACUAGUAAACAAAAAACUGUAACGUUUAAAUUUGAUAGAGAUGACAUGGUACCUACCGAUAUUGCUAACAAUCUGGUUGCUGAAAAUUUAUUACCACAAUCUCAGUGCGAAACAUUCGUAGAACUGAUAGAAGAUAUUGUUAAACAAUUACGUUUAGAUCCCAGUCGUUCUUUACCUUUAGUAGCACAUGGACCACCUGAUCAAAGUGCUGGUGGUAGUCCAGUUACAAGCCGUAGACCCAGGGAACGUGACCACAGUCUUGAUACAGCUAAGCAGGUGAGACAUGGCUCGCUAACUCGUCAAAGCAGCCACCGAUCGUCGUACAAAGUCCAUCGUAGACACCGUUCGAGAGACGAAACUUCCAACACAUCUACACCAACGAAAUUAUUGCCAAUUGAUCAAAUUAUUUCUCAUAUAACGAAUAACACCUCUAUGGAAAAACAGCAGAGUGUCCAAACACCUGAUACUCAGACAACUACUGAGAAUACAUCAGCCGAUGCAUCCAGAAGAUCUUCAACUUCCACUCAAAAUACGGAUACAUUAACACCGACUAAUUUAUCCGGUGAUCCAAAUGAUCCGACUCAAGAGAGCAUUAUGUCUGUAACAUCUGGAGAGACAGUUUUAGAAGUACAUAAUGCAUCUAAAGACGAUACUUCUAAAACAAGCGCAUAUACUCAAAACCAAAUAAAUAGUUCAUCUGGGAACCAAGCAAGUGAAAAAUCAGCAGAACCUACGGUUCAAGAUACGCUUGAUCUUCAAGAAAAGGAAGCUAAUAAAGAAAUGCAUGCUGAUUCCUCAGCUGCAGAAGUGGCUACGUUGACUGCACCAGCUCCAACGCGAAAAAUUUCUCGUUUCUUAGUCAGUCCUGUGGUUGAACAAAAAGUCGCUGCAAAUGAAGAGGAAGAAUCUAAUAGCGGAGAGAAUACAGAUAAAUCUAAUGUUAUAACAACACAAUCAAGUUCAUCGUCGCAGCUUAAUGCAACUGAAGGAAUGCAAGCAAAGCACGAUGAGCCAGAAGUGAAUGUUGUAGAAAUACAAACUACAACCGUUCCUGAAAAAUCUACUACUGAAGCAAACGUUCACAAUGUCGUGGAACAAAUGGAUAAUGUUCAACCGAUACAAUUGGGUCUUCAAAACAGCAUACAAGGGCAAACGAUUUCGCAAAUGCAGCAGAAUGUUAGCGCUGUACAGUCUAGUCAACACAAUAUAACUGUGCAAGGAUCGACGCAUCAACUUCCUCAGCAAAUGCAAUCGGUACCUCAGAACGUACCUAUGUCACAAAAAGAUUUACAGACUCAGAACUCUUUGAACGGCGUCAAUAUACAAGCACAGUAUCAGUCUAUGCAAUGCAACGUUUUACUGCAGCAACAACAAAUGGCUGGGCAACAAAAUCUAACGCAAACGCAUAUUCAACCGGAGCCCCAACAUCAGGGACAAAUGCAAGCUCAGCGACCACUUCAACAGUUCCACCCUCAACAAAUGCCGCAGCAACAUCAGCAUCAACAGUAUGUUAUGCUUUCCGGACCAAUUGCUCAAUUGCAGCCAACAGCAAUUAUAGAUGAAAGAAAUCGCAGGAUUUCGAAUAUUUCCACAACGUCAAAUAUAUCUACGGAUUCGCAGAUUUCGGAGACAGCUAGUAUCACCGAUGAUAAGAAACAACCAAUGGCUGUACCUAAUUUAUCAAUGCCCCAAGUGCAACAUGUACAACAUAUUCCUCAACAAGAUAACGCGCCUUUAUCGCAGACCGUUCUGGAACCAGUCCAACAGCUUCAACAAAUUCCUCAAAAUGUAGUGAACGCGCCAGCAAACAUAUCCGCUCCUGUUCACCAAGUUGUUGGUACGGAAGGUCCUCCAAAGGUUAUUCUGAAAACGAAGGAAGUAUCAUCGACGCUACCAGACUUGGCGCAGAAUUUAGCAAAUAUACUUUCAAAUCCAAAGUCAAAGUCCGCGACACCGCAUUGUUUAACUAAUCACGAGCAACCGAAUCAACCUGUUAACGUAACAGGAGCCACGGUACUCGAUUAUAAACCCACAUUUCAAUCUGAACAGUAUUUUCAACCUAUUCAACCUGAAGCCAGCCAGGUACAAAUGCAAUCAUCUCAGUUGUCGCAUAAUUACCAAGCUAAUAUAAUACAGCAAGGAAUCCCGCAAUCCUUCCAAAUUGGUCAACAACCUCAUCAAACUCAAAUACCAUUACAACAGCCGAUGCAAUUAAAUACCGCCCCACAAAUAGAUCCUCAAUUGCAAAUGACGCAGCAAAGUUUUCAAGCAAUGCCAGUUCACGCGUUGCCUUCUCAAGGAAAGUGGAUCGCUUCUACGAAUCAGAAUAUCGUACAACAGGGUGUACCGAUCAGGCACGUUCAACAGGUUCAACCACAGAUGCAACAAACUGCACCUGUGCAACAUAUUAUACAAGAUACGCAAAAUAUAGAAGGAUCCGUGCCAUCUGAUCAGUCUCAGUUUCAUUUAAAACUUUCGGAUCAACAAGUUUCAGGGAAAGUACCGGAAGCAGAAGUUCAGGAAGUAACCAGUUUACCUGGGCAUAUCGCCGCUGAAUGUCAUCUGUUAUCGGAGACUGAAAAUUCCAGUCAUGAUAUAACACCAGAACAUACCAUCGUUGAGUCUGUGGAUUCUGCAUUGUUCGCACAGCAUCAAAUGUUACACCAUCACCAACAACAGCAGCAGCAGCAGCAGCAACAGCAUAGGAAACUUAGUCAACAGAAUUCUUUGGAUAAAGUUUCUGAUGGAAGUACUGGAAUCAGUGUCUCAAGUGGAACAGGUCCACAGACGAUAGCGGACCUUCAUCAGAAACUUGUGCAAUUAACAAGUCAGCCGUCCGAAGCACUCAACGUAGGCACACCACCUAUAAGUUAUCCAGCGACCCCUCAUAAUCAUCAAAUGAUUGGAGGAUGUGAUGCGUACAUGCAUUCUUUACAACAGAAACUUGUUAAUAUUGGUAUGCCAAUUUCAACUGCACAUGGCAUUGGGCCUCUGUCACCUCAGACUACAAUACAGUCUUCAGCUUCUUUGGCUGAUUCAAAUGUUCCAACAAAUGAAACUUCUGUGUUAGCUCCAGACGGCUCUGUUCAUCAACUUGCAUUUUCUCAAACUCAUGUAGAUUGCUCUCUGGAUAGUCCUACGCCAGGAGGAGCCCCUGCAGGUUCAGAAACCAUGAGUCCCAGUAAAGAGAGUAUAAAAGUUCGAACGCAGAGGCCUGGAUCUCGUCUCCAGGAACUGGAACAAGAAUUAGCCAAGAUUCAUCACAGAGGUUCAAUUCUUCCAACAGCCUCUCCGCAGCCCCUAACGCCACCUGUUUCUGCUGUUGGUUCCAUUCAACCACCUUUGCAAACUACUCAGAGUUUAUUAACAACUGUUCCACCUCUGACUGCUGUGCCUGUUGCCACUGUUACUCCCAGUGUUAUUACAUCACGCUCUGACACGAACACUCCGGUGCAAACAGAAUCUCAAGAAAAUGUUUCAGAGAAGGGUAAUACUAUACAACCCGUUAGAAAAAUAUCAAGAUUUGUGGUUUCCAAGGUCGCAGGUCCUCCCAUUAGCGCUGCUACGUCGAAUCAACAACCACAGCAUACCGAGAUACCUAAAAAUCAAUUGGAAGAUCUAAAGAUUUAUCAUACAGAUGACACACAGGGUGCACCGGUACAGGUAAUCCAUAGUCGCGAGGGUUCUCUUCCGCCCACACAAAUGACUCAGCCUAUGAACGUCCCUAUUAUGGAACAAUUGGAGAAGGACGAAAGAUUUUGGACACUAACACCGAGUGAAGAAUAUCAGUUGCUUAUAAAAAAACAAACUAUGGAACUGGAAACACUGCAAAGGCGGCAUAGAGAAGAACUGGAACGUUUUCAACAGCAUCAGUUGCAGCUAUUGAUUCAACAACAGCAGCAAGCAAGUGCACUUCAUCAACACCAUCAUCAACAUCAUCCUAUGCUUUAUCAUACCGUUACAACUAGUAUAUCAGGACAAACUAGACUUCCAAGUGCAGAAGACUAUUUAAUGUUUAAUACAACGCCUCAAACUCCAUUACAGAAAGCCCCGAGUAAUUAUCCGGAUACAGAUGAAACGUUAAGAUUAGCCAUGCAGAAAUUGAAACAAACUCCAUUGCAACUACAACCGCAACAGGCAACAGCUGGAAUACCACAUGCUUAUGUUAUUCCAAUUCCAGUAGUGCCUUCUGAAACUAUGCAAAGUGUGUCCUCUCAACAGUCUGGUAGUUACACAAGUGAAGUAGCAGAAUCUCUUGAUCCAACGCAUAACCCAACAAUUAUUAAUUCGGCCCAGUAUCAAUUCGCGCCUGUGUUAUCGGAUGGGACAAAUAUCUCAGUAUCUUCGACAGGAUCGUUGGUCACAUCUAUACCAAUAUCAAGCUCAACAGGAAGCGGAGGUUAUAUUCAAUAUCAUGAAAAUCAAACAUUACCAAACUUUCAAACUUUUAGCUGUACACCGCAUGGAGGAUUCUUUUUACCAGCUGGUUAUAGACUAAUAUAUGCUCCACCUGGAGCAUCUCAGUCGCAAUCUCAAACUCAAUCUCAAACACAGUCUCAGUCUCAGUCUCAAUCUCAGUCUCAACCAGUUACACCGGCUACUCCUCAUAUAGGAAGUUCUCACGAUGGCACACCGCCAGCAGAACCUUUACAGGCGAAUAACGAUAAUUCAACAGCUCCUCUUUCCCAUACCGAUCAAUAACGUAAUAUUUAGCAAAUUAUAGUCUAUAUUUCGAUUUAUUCAUUUCCGUAAUAUGUUGUUUAUUUAACUUGUUGUUCUUAUCAGCUAGUACAAGAUCAUUCGUUACAAUUAUUCUGAUAUAAUUUUUUGCUAACAUGUAUUGCUACAUUGAUCCUCGUGGAUACGUUAAUGCGGGGAGGCGCAAAUGAAAGUAUUUAGGAUGUAUUUGAUAUUGUAACAUCCAUAUUGCUAAAAUAUUAUCGCUGUCUACGCGUGAGCAUGAUUACUAAUGUUUGAUAUGUGCCUCGCAGCAAAAAGAACUUGAUUCGAACAAGGAGAAUAUUUUGAAUAAAUCAUAUGUUUCUGGACAAGAGGAAAAAAAAAAAAGAAAUAAGAUAUUGAAAUUGAGGAUAGAGGCCUUUACAUGUACUGUGCUUAUUACCUUAUAUAGUAGAUAUAUUUCUUCGUUAGUGAAAAUGCUUCUUGAAAAAGACUUUCUCUGCUCUCAAUUUAUUAGCAGCACAGUUCACAUUAGUACAGGCCUCAGCUAGUCUUACGAAUGAAAUGGCAUACAAAGCCAUUCUGCUCGAUGUAUAUGUAUAACUGUUAAUGUAUACUGAAUACUUUUGAAGAGAGAAUGUAUGUUUAUGUGUGCAUGUAUGUGAUUGCAGGAGUCAGGCAAAGAAAAAAAAUAUGAUUAAUAUAGUCACUGUUAUGCUUUAAUGUAUUUCUAGCGAUUUUACCUACUUCAAUUAAAAAAAAACUGAAGUCA